GCCCAGGGGCACCCUAUAAACAACUGAAAUGCAGCCGGCGAAAAAUAUGCAAGACUCACUAAUACUAAAAUCAAUAAAAAUCUAAAAACCCCAUAAAAAGUUAAGAACGCAAAAGAGACAAUUGCAUCAUGGACAUCCCCAGCAGUGGAGCAAUAUUCACCCUGGGCAAAUCCCAUCUGGCGGAAAAUACUCAAAGCUAUUUCUACAUCAAAAACGAUCCUGUGAAGCGCCUGAUUUCCGGUCCAAACCAGAGCGCUGUCAUUUGUGAAUCUGGUCGACUAUUUGUUUGGGGCGAGAACCACUACGGCCAGCUCGGGAUUGGUGGCCAUGGAGGAGCCUCCGGCAAGAAGGGUGGCAGCCACAACAACAAUGGGGACACUGUGACCAAACCCACCUGCGUGAAGGCCUUGAAAACUCUGGGAUUAAAGAUUUGCGACGCCGCCUUCGGGAACCACUGGGCUGUGAUGCUGACACACUCCAACGAGAUCUUCUUCACGGGUCGCAACAUCUUUCCCGAGGACACCCAUGUGGCCCAGCACUUUACCACCGCCCAAGUGGAACAGCAGCAGUGCGCCAUAAUCCGGAAGCCUUUUCGGCUGGAGGAGUUCGAUGAUUACCUGUCGAAGAGCGAGGAGACGGACAACUUUAUGGCGAUCCAAGCGGGCAACGAGCAUUUCGCCGUGCUGACCAGUACUGGUCGGCUGAUUGGCUGCGGUUCAAAUGCCCAACAGCAGCUGGGAGAACUGGAGGCGGACUACGAUGGUCACCCAGUGGAGAUUCGUCUUGAUGCGCCGGUACAGCAAUUUGCCUGCGGACCUGACUCCACCCUGGUGCUGACUGCCAGCGGGAACCUCUUUCUCACCGGCCACCUCAACGAGUUCGUCUUUCCUCGCUUCACCGAGCUGCAGAAGAACCUGCCGCCCACCGAGGCCAUCAUUUUCAUGCAUAUCUCCAAGACCAGCGAAGUGUACAUCGUGACCAAUGCAGGCAGCAUUUACCGCAGCUUCGAAUCGGUGCGAAAUAAGAGCCUGGUUUUCCAGCGCUUCUACGACUACGACAGCGAGGAGAACGGACCCAUUUGGAAGCUCCUGAAGGGGUUCUCCUUCUACGCGGUCCUCAGCAAGGCCAACAAGUUCUUCACCACGUUCUCGGAGAGCGGCCAUCACUUGAAGACCUUCCGCGAGAUCUCCAAGUUUAAGAACCUCCGACUGCUGGACAUCGCCGUGGGAGAUCAACACGUCCUGGUGCAGGGCAUCCCGCGGUCCUCGAUGUCGUCUGCUUCCGUGAGUGGUUCAGCUGAACCCAAUCGUCACAUGAGCCGCAGUUUCGUCCUGCAACCAGCAGAUGCAAAUGGUAACGGAGAGCAGGGCAGGAAUCAUAGUGGCAGAAGCCUCACCAAACAACAAGGCCUAGAGGAGACGGAGGACCGAUCUACAGCGGCUAGAGUGGAAGGAUUGGCAGUCGCAGCUGGAGUUGGAACAGCUGCGGCCAUUGAGGUCGUAAAACAUUUAACCAAUGGUGAGAAACCAGAAGAGAAAGAGGAGAUAUCUGAACGCAAUGAUAUGAAUGCAAAUAACCAAGAUGGAGAGCCAUUAAAUAUGGAACCCAAGGACGUAAAUGGCAAUGAUGAAAACGAUCUAAUUCCAAUCAGUCCUUCAAAAGAGGAACCAAAUAAAACUAAAAACCAAGAGAUGGAAGCUCCUUUAAGUGGCGUUGAGAAGGACAUGGAGGAUCAUCCAAAUACUGUUAUUGUGAGUGAUACUAUGAAAACAAUGGGUGAAUACAAAGAGGUAGAGCCCACGGCGCCUGUGGAAUCUCCUAUAAAACCAGCGGAAUCUAAGGAAGAAGCAGUGGAACCAAUUGCAUCUCCAGUGAAACCGGCAGAUUCACCUUUAAGAUCUAAAGAAUCUCCAUCAAAAUCAAUGGUAUCCCCAGUUAAACCGUUGAAAUCAAUGCAAAAGCUACCCACACCCCCUACACAUACACCAACACCUCCCAAAUCUCCAGCAGUAUCUCUAAAAUCUGAAAAAUCAAUGCAAUCUUUGCAGUCACCAAAUCCUCAAGAAAAAAUGACAGGCAGCCCGGAAAAACUGCUGCGUCCAAGGACUCCGUAUCCGGAAAGCAGUGACUCCAGCACACCACAAACGAUUAAAAAGACACCUAUACGAAACUUUUCAUACGAGGCGGCUAUGGAUCAUGAUCACCUGGAAAGGACAUCCCCCGAGUUGGUGUCUAGCCUGGAGACGGUGGACGAGGUGCCUACGGCUACCAUCCAAGUGAACACGCCUACACCACCCACGGAAGAGGACGAGCAGCUGGCUGUAGAGAUAACCACAACAAAGGAUACGAAGGACAGCAGCAAGGUGAUCAACGAGAUACGAUUCAUCAACAAUGGCGUUGAUGUCACGGCCAAGGUGGAGGAACAAAUGCAGGACACACCAGUGGAAAGUUCCGUGGAAGAGCUGGAAUCAGAUGGUGAGCAAAUGCUACAUCAUGCGGAGGAGCAGGUGGACAAAAUCGUGACGAGUACCGAAGAGACUGCGGCCAAGGCCGGCGAAGAAGCGCUGGAUGCCCUGGACUCCACGCGGAACUCCAUUCAAACGGCGGUCAGGAAUGCUGCGCAUGGAGCUCGGGAUGCCAUGGAGGCUGCCGGCGAGCGAAUGGCCACAGGUGCCCGAGGAGCUGUGGAUGCAGUGGGCGGUGCAAUGGGAGCAGCGGGAAAAGGCGCCCAGCGAAUGGCCACCGAUGCAAUGCACGCUGUGGAACAGGCAGGCAGUAAUGCGGUCAAAGCAGCCUCGGACACAAAGGAUUCCAUGGGUAGGGCCAUGGACUCGGUGACCAACAAGAUCUCUAGUGAAGUGCACGGCGCCAAAGAAAAUAUCUCAUCGUUGUUUCAAAUUAAAGCAGCCAGGGAGGUGGAUCCGCAGUCCUCACCAGUGUCCACACCUGAUUUGUCCUCUAAGGAGGGAGCACCCAAGACGACUACUACUUUGGGUUCCAACGAGGAGGAUGAGCGAACGACCGCCUCCGUAAACUCGAACCACAAUUCUGCAGGGCAUGGCAAUGGUAAUGGAAACAUUUUUGAGCCCAGCAAUCCCUUUGAGGAUCCCCUGGAUGCGGUAGUGGAGCGCAGCAAGAAGGCGAUGCAGGAGGACAUCCGGGCCAUGCAAUUGAGGACCAAUUCGCAUAUCCAAGCAGUGGCACAGCAAAAGGAGGAGGACGCCAAGGGAUUCGUGCAGCAGGUGAUGGACAGACUCUCGUGCCGCAACGAAAAGGCGGUCAAGAUUGAAGAUGAAGUUCGUCCGCCGGCGAUUCACAACAAGAACACAAACAAAGUGAACAGCGAGUUGAGCUUAACCAAUGGACAGGCACAUAGCGACCAGGCGCAGUCGUCGCGGGUCUGCACGAUUUUAUAA